GUUGCUUUGAGAAACAGAAUUGAUAAGAUAAUGUUUAAAAUUCGAAUAUUCAUUACGUAACUCUCAGAAUUAGAUAGAAAUAUGCCUUUUUAAAAAGAUUUACCCCCAAAGUGUACUUACAGCUAUCACUUAAUUUUAAUUAUGGGCCGACUAUAUAUACACAUUCGUCAUCAUCAUUAUAAAUUGUUUGUAUAAAAAAGGCACUGUUUCUGUUCUCAAGUCUUGAUCAAUUAGAGGCGGCUUUGCAGAAAAAAAAUGCACUAUCAAGAACAAAUGGAGUCUCUUAUGUUGGGUGAAGAGCGCAGACGCGGAAACUACGUUAGGGACGCAGACGCGGACACAGAUGAAGGUUUUAACUCUCCGUCUUCUUUCCCCAACUCUCCUGACGAUUCGGACCGUCGCAGUUCUUCUUCUUCUUCGAGGAGAGGAUUGUCAAAACACUACAAAGGUAAAUCACAGUCGUUCACAUCGUUGUCUGAAGCGCUAACCUUAGAGGAUCUCGCGAAACCCGAGAAUCCUUUCAACGCAAAGCUGAAGCAGCGACGGGAGAACUCUCACUGUCGACGAUCCUCCGGAUGUGGUGGCUCAUCGGAACGAAAUUUAGGUGGUCACGACGUUUUUCUCGUCGGAAACAAUAGGCCGCCGCGACUUCCCGGCAUCGAGUUUGAAGUUAUACAUAUCGAUCUCGAUACAUUUGAGCAGAAAAAACCAGAACAUCUUCUUCGUCAGCCGUUUGGUCAAGUUCCAGCUAUUGAAGAUGGAGAUCUGAAGCUUUUUGAAUCGCGAGCCAUAUCAAGGUACUACGCGACCAAGUAUGCGGACCAAGGAACAGACCUAUUAGGGAAGACCUUGGAGCAACGAGCCAUCGUGGAACAGUGGAUGGAAGUUGAGGCUAACUAUUUCAACGUUGUUGUUCUACCUUUGGUUAUCAAUAUCGUGUUUAAGCCCAAGUUUGGUGAGUGCGACGUCGCUUUGGUCGAAGAGUUAAAGGCCAAGUUCGGGAAGAUCCUCGAUGUGUAUGAGAACCGGUUAGCUACGAACCGGUACUUAGCCGGUGCUGAGUUCACAUUGGCUGAUUUGACUCAUAUGCCCGGUUUGAGGUAUAUAAUGAAUGAAGCUGGUUUGAGCGACAUGGUUACGUCUCGAGAGAAUGUUAACCGGUGGUGGGCUGAGAUUUCGGCUAGACCGGCUUGGAAGAAACUCAUGGAAAUGGCUGCUUAUUAA